AUGACAUAUAACGUGACUCGCGAGAAUAAGGCUCUACUUGAACGUCACCGCAACGCGCCUCCUUCGCUCUCUGUGCAGCUGCACCAUGAUCACUGGACAUUGAACUCUGGAUCCAAGUUCCUGUAUACUAGUCCUGCGGCUGCUUUCUUGGACGAUAUUCGCGCGUAUAGGAUCCCCGUGGAUCUACUACCGCUGAUUGAUUCUGCCGGCGUUCCCUUCUACGAAGGAUGUCUUGUUGUGGAGUUACAGGACUUCCGCGAACCACCCUCCAAUAAAGAUAAGAAAGGCGACGAAGUCAAGGUCAAGACUGAAGGUGGUCCUGUGUCCUCGCGUGUUGUACUUCGGUCAAACUCAGAGUCCUCGUGGGCGGAUCUGCGGUUACUCAAUGACAAGCUUGAUAAUAAGUGGACGGAUCAAGAGGCACUGGAAGUAGAGGCGAAAAUCCUAGUGGCCACCGCUCCUCCAUUGUGUUUGAACCCGGACCCGAAUCUUGGGCGGAUGGCGAAUACUAUGCAACGAGUCUCUACACCACGUACUCCACCACCCUUACGGCCGCAGAAACGGAAGCUCGAGGCGACCGAAGCGGAUGAACGCGCCGCUGCCCGGAAGGUCAAAAUUGCGCAAUACAUGGACCCCACGAGAACCCGCACCAACAAACCGAGUCAACACUUCUGGGACACCAUCGCCCGUAUCCGUGCCGAAGCUAAAACACGGAAAGAUCAAUCCGAUCAGCAGCCUGCUACCGAGGGCGAUGCAGCGGGGGUAGCCACCGAACAGAUGUCGCCGCCUCAGCCUCCAGCUACGCCUGCGCACAUCGGGGCCGACCCAGUACAAAACUCGACGCCUGUUAAGUCGGAAGCAGCACGCUCUGAAACGGGCACUCCCGCGCCAGCCCCUUUACCACCAACGCGCGCUACCCCCCAAGCUGCAGCCGCUGCCGCACUCCAAGCGGCGAAUCGUCAGAACACGCCUCGGCCUGGGUCUACUGUACAGAACCCUGCGGCGGCUGCAUACGCUGCUGCACAGGCUCAACAGGCCGCUGCAGCUGUACAAGCCGUUCAUGCAGCCGCUAUAUCCCGCCCCGCUACGCAAGCACCCCCGGCGGCGGCGGGAGCCACGCCCGCCUUCGACAUGCCUAAAUUAACCCCUCAACAGGUGCACCAGCUUCAAGCGGCUGCGCGCCAACAGCUUUCCAUGCGAUACAAUGCGAGAUUGCCUCAAUUUCGCCUCUUGUUGGAGAAGAAGAGUAGUGGCCAGACUUUGAAUCAGGAAGAAAACCAAGUGCUUGACUUCUGUAAUCGUUGGCAGAGGGCGGAGAGUAUUCUGACGGAUGCGGGUAAGAGCGGGGACCCGGCGCAAAUUGCCGACGCGCAGAAGCAGUGCCAGCUGCUUAUUGGAAACCAUGUAAAUGCCCAGAUGAAGACAAUCUUGUUGACACAAAUGGCGAGGAAACAGGCACUGGCGCAAGGACAGGGUCAAGGAGGACAGAAACAGGCGCAAGGAGCGCAGGCGCAUGGUGGGCAGACGCCGGCCCCGGCGCCUCCUGCUCAGCCUGUCGCACCCCCUCCCGCUCCGACUCCUGCACCAUCAGCCACGCCUGUCAUGGCGCAUCCUCAGGCGCCACAGGCCCAUCCCCAGCCAAAUCAAGCACAGUUGCUUCAAGCUCACGCGGCGCACUUGGCCGCUGCUCAGAUGGCCGUGCAGGCUCAGGCCGCGCAGGCUCAUGCACACGCGCCGACGCAACCUCCUCAGCCUCUAACAAACGCUCAGCAGCAGCAGCAAUGGGCCUAUGUGCGCUCGUUGCAACAGCAACAACAGCAUCAGCAUCAACAGGCGGUCCAAGCCCAAGCCCACCUCCUCGCCGCUCAGAACCACGCUGGCACACCAGCACAGGCGCACGCACAGCUACCCAACGCUGGCGGUAUGGCGCCGAGCCCUAUGUUUGCGGCCGCGCGGCCGGCGGCACAACCUGGCGCGUCGCAGAGACUCGACCCGUCACAAGCGACAGAGGUUGUAAUAGAUAGACUGAUAGAAGGCUUCUCUAUCCUUGUUGGAGGCGCCGCAUCUAGACAAAAUUUCCAUACAGUCUGCAAAGACAUGCCCGCUCUCGCCGCUGCCCCCGCACCCUCUGCAGCCGACCUCAAGGCGACGCCGAGCCCCGCCGUCGAGGGCCUUCUCGUCGCCGAUAAGGCCGCCCGCGCAUCUGCUGUCGAGAGCUUUGUUGCCCUCGUCGAAAAGGACGGCCCCGCUGCCAUCAAGUCCAGCAACUUCACCGCCGGCGUCAUCAAGGCUCUCGGCGACAAGAAGUCGCCCGCCGCACGUGAGGCCGCCGCGGAUGCCGUCCGCGCCAUCUCCGAGUCCUCCGCCGUCAAGUCGCUCGAGCCGUUCUUCAUCGACUCUGGCGUCUACGCCGCUCUCCUCGACGGCUUUGCCGACAAGACCCCCGCCGCACGCACUGCCGCAGUCGCCGCUGUCAAGGCCUUCGUGAAGAACUCGAACCCAUGGGCAGCUGGCCUUGUGCUUCCCGCUCUCUUGCACGAGAUCCAGACGGCUGGCAAGUGGCAGAUCAAGACGGGCUCGCUCGAAAUUCUCGACCAGCUCGUUGCCUCGGCCGCUGCUCAGAUCGCCAAGCUCACGCCCGAGAUCGUACCCAUCCUCGCCGACGCUAUCUGGGACACUAAGGCCGACGUCAAGAAGGCUGCCCGUGCUUCGCUCACGAAGGUCACAUCGCUCGUCUCCAACAAGGAUAUCGAGAAGUUCAUUCCCGCGCUCAUCAAUGCGCUCAUCAACCCGGUCGAGGAGGUCCCCAAGACCAUCCAGCUGCUCUCGGCCACCACAUUCGUUUCCGAAGUAGACUCCCCGACACUCUCGCUCAUGGUCCCGCUUCUCUCUCGUGGUCUUUCCGAGAAGCUCACCGCGACGAAGCGCAAGGUCGCUGUUAUCGUCGACAACAUGGCCAAGCUCGUCGACUCGCACAUCACCGUCCGCCCCUUCAUUCCCAAGCUCCUCCCUGGUCUCCUCAAGGUUGAGCAAACCAUCGGUGACCCCGAGGCCCGCUCCGUCGUUGGCCGCGCUAUCGCCACCCUCCGCCAGGUCGGCCAGAUCCCCGACGACCAGGACGGCACGGACCUUCCCCACCUCAAGGUCGCCACCGAGCAGCAGCUCGCUCACUCGCUCAUUGAGAUCUACAAGAAGGCUGGUGGUAACCCCAUUCCGUCGGUCGCUGACGAUGUCACGAUCUACGUCUCCCGCCUUGCUACCAACGCCACCAACCAGAAGAACUUCGACGUUCCGGAGUGGGAUACCUUCGCGCCCUACCUCGCCUUCCUCUCUGCUGUUCCCGAGCCCAUCACCGUCGCUCGCGAGUGGGUUGUCAAGUCCGCUACCGAGGACGCCGAUGUCGGCGAGGUUCUCGACGAUGAGGAGGAGGGUGAGGAUCUGUGCAACUGCCAGUUCUCGCUCGCCUACGGUGCCAAGAUCCUGCUCAAUACCGCAACGCUCCGUCUCAAGCGUGGCCACCGCUACGGUCUUUGCGGCAAGAACGGUACCGGAAAGUCGACGCUCAUGCGUGCCAUCACCAACGGCCAGGUCGAGGGCUUCCCGUCGCCCGACGAGGUCCGGACGUUCUACGUCGAGCACGACAUCGACGGUUCCGAGGAGGACACCUCUGUUCUUGAGUUCAUUCUCCAGGACAAGCGUGUCAUCGUUUCCAAGGAGGAGAUCGUCGAGACGCUUGCCUCCGUCGGCUUCACUGACGAGCGCCAGAAGCACGCCAUUGGCUCGCUCUCCGGUGGUUGGAAGAUGAAGCUCGCGCUUGCCCGCGCCAUGCUCUUCAAGGCCGACAUUCUCCUUCUCGACGAGCCGACGAACCACUUGGACGUCGUCAACGUCGCUUGGCUCGAGAACUAUCUCACCGGCCUCUCCCACUGCACGUCUAUCAUCGUCUCGCACGACUCUGGCUUCCUCAACAACACCAUCACCGACGUCCUCCAUCUCAACCGCUUCAAGCUCCGCCGCUACCGUGGUAACCUCGAGGCGUUCGUCAAGGCCGUUCCUGAGGCCAAGUCGUACUACACUCUCGAGGCCGCCGAGGACUACAAGUUCAAGCUCCCCGACCCGCCGUUCCUCGAUGGUGUCAAGACGAAGGAGAAGGCUCUGCUCAAGAUGCGCAAGGUUGGCUUCCAGUACCCCACGCAGCCCGUCCAGCAGCUCUACGACAUCUCGCUCCAAGUCUCGCUCUCGUCCCGUGUCGCCGUUCUCGGGCCCAACGGUUCCGGAAAGUCGACGCUCGUCAAGCUCCUUACCGGCGAGAUGGAGCCCAACAAGGGUGGUGAGGUCUGGAAGCACCCUAACCUCGUCAUCGGUUACGUCGCUCAGCACGCCUUCCACCACAUCGACCAGCAUCUCGACAAGACGCCGCUCGAGUACAUGCUGUGGCGUUACCAGACUGGUGAGGAUCUCGAGGAGAUGAUGAAGGCCAACCGCCAGAUCUCCGAGGAGGAGCAGCAGAAGAUGAAGGAGGGCGCGAACGUCGUCGUCGAGGGCCAGAAGCGUGUCAUCGACGAGAUCGUUGCUCGUAAGAAGCUCAAGCAGUCUUACGAGUACGAGAUCACGUUCAAGGGCAUGUCCUCGUCCGAGAAUAUCUGGAUGCCGCGUGACGAGCUCAUCAAGCGCGGCUUCGAGAAGAAGGUCCUCGAGGUCGACACCCGUGAGGCGCAGCGCCUUGGUCUGCUCCGCCCGCUCGUUCGUCGCGAGAUCGAGAAGCACAUGGCCGACUUCGGUCUCGAGCCCGAGUUCGUCUCGCACAAUACCAUGCGUGGUCUCUCCGGUGGUCAGAAGGUCAAGAUCGUGCUCGGUGCCGCGACGUGGCGCCGCCCGCACAUCAUCUGCCUGGACGAGCCGACCAACUACCUCGACCGUGAGUCGCUCGCUGCGCUCAUCGAGGCGCUCAAGACCUUCGAGGGUGGUGUCCUCGUCAUCACGCACAACCGUGACUUCUCCGAGUCCAUCUGCACGGAAGUCUGGGCUAUGCGCGACGGCCACCUCGAGGCGUCCGGCCACAACUGGGUUGAGGGCCAGGGCUCCGGUGCGCGUCUUGACACCAAGGCGGGUGAGGAGGAGGACCAGUACGACGCCAUGGGUAACAAGAUCGACAAGGCGAAGAAGGCGAAGAAGUUGACGUCUGCGGAGGCACGUAAGGCGAAGAAGGACAGGAUGGCGAGGAGGAAGAGGGGCGAGGAGGUGUUCACUGAUGAGGAGCUGUAA